AUGUUCUCAUUCAGUCACAGUCAUCCUCGAGUAAGGGAGAGAAAGAAGGAAUCUGUGAAAGAGCAAGACUACCAGGUGCAAGUUCGCGUGUUAGAAUGUCGUCAGCUGGCUGGAACACAGCUUGAUCCUGUGUGUACAGUAACUGUGGGAAACCAAAAGAAACAUACGCCUGUGAAAGAACAGACGAAUUGUCCUUACUGGGAUGAGGUACAUGAUUAUUGUACACCUUAUAUAUUUAUCAUGUUUGAAGUAAAAUUUCAAAUCCAACUAUUUAAUGUACUGUAUAUGGCUACUGAGUCAUGAGUGCUCAUUCACAUUCAUUGACGGUUUUGUAUAUUUAUUUUUGUUUUUAGUUCUUCGUUUUUGAUUUCAAAAUGCCAUCUUCUGUCCUGUUUGACAAGAUUAUAAAUCUACAGGUUGGUUUAUAUUGUACUUGAUACAAGCUGACCAUUCCGGUCCAAUCCGAGAUGACGUCAUCAAUUUUUCAUCUCAUCUACAGAAUUUUGCCAAAAAUGGACUCAGACUUGAAAUCGUCAUGCUCAAAUUAGUCUAUAGAGCGUUUGCACAUGACGUCACAGUCGCCAUGUUGAUGUUCCAAUUCAAAAUAAUGUUAAUUAGACUCUUCUGUCUGGAACACCAACAUGGCCGCCAUGGCUUUUCAGCUUUUGUUGAGUUGGUUCCUGGGGAAUGAGUGCAAAUUAGUGUAUACUGAAAAUUUCACGAUAUUUGGAUAUUCAGGGCGCGAGUUUGGGCGUAUUUCCAGUGGCAAAUUCCAGUCAAAUGUACAGGAAAAACGAAAUUUUCAAAACGCCCGGAACUUGCGCCCUUAAACCCAAACAUCGUGAAAUUUUCGUUAUAGACUAAUUUGAACGUGAAGAUUUUAAUUCUGGGGUCAAUUUCUGCCAAAUACAAUGAAGAUGAAAAUCGAUAACGCGAACUCAGAUCGGAGAAUUAAUUCAUCGUAAAGCCGGUUUUCCACUAGGCGGAAUUUCGCUAGCGGAGUGCAAUUUUUCUUUGUCUUGUGAUUUCUCGGGUGGAACUGAUUAGAAAAGACAAGGAGAAAUUCCGCUCCGCGCGCAAAAUUCUGCCUAGUGGAAAACCGGCUUAAAAGCAGUGUUCAUAAGAGUAUUUACAGGAUUUUACAAAAUUGUGCUAUUUCUGCAUAAUUAUAGGUUUUCACCGGACGAAACCUUGUGUCUCAGGGUUCGUUGAUUGGUUCCUUUAAGGUAGAUUUCUUUCAGGAUUUUCAUGAAAUUGAUGUUUGACGUUGCUGUUUGCUGACGUUUGAGGACAUAAUUUCGGUGUUUAUUUUUUAUGUUUAGUUGGAUGUGGGAACAGUUUAUGCGCAAGUGGAUCACAGAUUUUGUCGUCGUUGGGCAGUAUUAACAGAUCCAGAAGAAACUUUAGGCGCAUCUGGCGCUGGUGUCAAGGUACUGUAUAGUAGAGUAAUUUUGGAUUCUUAUUUCAAGGGUGUACUCCAAGUUUUAAACCUAUAUCAAGCGCCAGCGCUCUCCCCUUGAUGAAUAAAGUAAUCUGGCGUCAGACAGAGUAAAGUAGUAAAGUAGGAUGCAAUGCAACUCAAUGAAUUAGUUCUGGAUAAUGCCAUGCAAGAUACUGUAGAGGACUGAUCACCAUACAGCUUUACUGUAAGGUAUUUACUGUUUGCUUAUACUGUAGGUAUUAACUUGCUUAAUGCUGUGUGUCAUUUCCUUAGGGUUAUCUUAAAGUGGAUAUAACGGUGCUUGGUAAAGGUGAUCCUAUCAAGGUAAUAUUUUAAUAAGUAAAUAGUAAUGUGAUUCGACCAGCUGCUCAUGGCCAUUCAGCCCUUGGCCUUGGAAAAUGACGUCACAACACAUAAAUCUUGGGAACAUACACGUCAUCAAUAACAUCAAUAACCAAGUAUACUUCGAAAGAGCUCCAAACGAUUUCUUUCAUUUAACUGGCUUUUAUACAAUAUACAAAUUCAGAAAGGCAAUUUUCUGGUGAAUGUAGACAGUGGUUUCCUCUACUGUCGAUAGUGUCCACCAUUAUUUUUGCCACUCAUAAUCGCGUGAUAUUUUCAGCGUGACGUAAUGUUCUCAAGUAUGUGACUGCAAAACCUAAACACAGUGUAUACCGAGUAAAAGUAUUAACAUUAGUCUUUCUUUUUUUAGGAAGCGCCUGCGAUAAAGGAUAAUGAUGAGGAUAUUGAAGGGUUGGUUAAACGAUUAUAUCCAUGAUGUUAACAAAAUUCGUUUCGUGCGAAGAAUCUGUGUGUUUUAAAGGCUGGUUCACAUGCACUAGUGAUUUUGUCGACAGCUGAGAUUUUCUCUUCCUGACGGAUGCGAAUUAGUGAACUGAAACACAAACGUAUAGAAUCGCCCUUCGAAUGUGCACAUCUCUAAGUCUUCUGCGUAUCAAUAAUUCAAUCGCAUCCGCCAGGAGGAGAAAAAUCGCCAACAAAAUUGCUAGUGUGAACCAGGCUUAUAAUUUUAAUUGUUCUUUAGAAAUUUGUUGCUGCCCGAAGGAGUUCCUGCUGAAAGACCUAAGGCUCAGAUUGUUGUGAAGAUUUACAGAGCGGAAGGAUUACCUAAAAGUAUGUGUUAUUGAUAUGCAAUAGAUUUCAUCAGGAUUGUUUUUGGGCAUCUUACUCGACCUACUAAUGUUGAAGAAUUUUGCAGCUGGAAAUCUCGAGUGCAAAUUGUAUACAUUUAUUAGACCUCGAACCAGGUGCAGUUACGAAAAAUGCAGCUAAAGACCCCCUGGCUUGAAUCGAACCUGCGAUUAGCCAUUAGGUUAAUAGGGAUCGAACUGCUCCUGGUUAGGUCUUAAUGUAAUAUUUAAAACAUGAGCAGCAGUGUUUUAUCAGAUAUAAAGAUACGAGGCAAGGAAGUUUGUUGUUGUUUUGUUGAGGCAAAGCCGAGUAUCUUUAGGUCUGAUAAAAACACGCACUGCGAAUGUUUUCAAUUGCUUCAAAAACGAUCGAUCUGGUAAGUUCAUUGGCGAAGUAAUUUUCAAAAAAUACGUUGUCUAAGUCGAGAAAAUCAAAGUUAAAGUUUAUGUAAAUCAAGGGAAAUCUCUAUCACAUAUAAAGAUACGACACGCUUAUGAUUUUUCUUUGUGUUUUCCUCAUGAAUUACUGAUGAUUUUUGAAAAAUAUAUAAACAUUUACACUAGAAUUUCGAUCUACAAAUCCCUUUCAUGACGUACCUUUCAAAAUUUCAUCACGCGUAGUAUACACGAAUUUCUCAUUCAUUGAGGGUGCUUUUGUUUUUAGUGAAUUCAGGGCUGAUGGCGAAUGUGAAGAAAGCUUUUACUGGCGAGGUACGUAUAGGCUGUCCUGUAUCGCGACUAAACUUGUAUCAAUAAAUGUUGUACGGAAUGACCAAUGAAGUACUUCUAUUGAUUUGUUCAAUGUUUGAACUUUAUUAUUCUCUCAAUUAAUCGUUCAGUUUAAUUGAUCAGUUUGUUUCGUUUCUAAUAAUCGAAUCAAUAAAUCCAGUCAAGUAAUCUAGUCAAUCAAUACCUUCAAUAAAUCAGUUACUCAGUCCGUAAGUAAAUUCAAUCAAUCAGUAAUUCAGUCAAUCAAGAAAUCCAGUCAAUCUAAUUAAUCAAUCUAAUUAAAAACCCAAUCAAUCCAGUCAUUCAAAAAUUGAAUCAAUCAAUUAAUGAACAUCUCUAAUUAAUUAAUUAAUCACUUAAUUAAUCACUUAAACCAUUUAAAUAAACCAUACGAAAAUAAAAUAACAACUCAAAAUAAACCAAGGCAUAGUCAGUCAAGGUAUGAUGGUUUAGAAACCUGACAAACUUCAAAGCCACAAAAUAGAAGACCUUUGUUUGAAGUUGAACUGUUUACCUCACCAUGCACAAAUCCUUUGUCUCAACUUCAUUAAAUAUUAUUCAUCGUGGUUGCACGUUUCAUCUCAGCUAUCCCUAUUGGACGAUUACUUUAUUAUGCGAAACUACAAUGAGCUCAAUCACCGUGACCGUGUACAAAUUGGCUUAAUUAAACUCAGACAAAAACAUAACAUAAUGACUUCUGUUUAGUUUCAAGACCAUCGUAUCUUGAGAUAGACUAUGACCAAAAUAAAGCUAACUGUAAAACGUUUAACAAAUUAAAGUAUAUUCUAACUUACAGUACUCGGUACUAACCUAUAAUGUUUUGUUUUAUUUUUUGUAUUGCUUUCAAAUGGAUGUCUUUAAACAUAGAUGGUAAUGUGCAAUUAAAAAUAUAAAAUAACUUUAAACUAAGCUAACUUCUUAACCUGUGUAGCCCUAGAAGAACUGGUUACGCAGGAGUUAAACCUGAACUACAAUAUACUACAAUAAAAUAAACUUAAACUAAGCUAUAUGAUACAUACAUGUUAAAUCUAUUUUGUUCGACUAAAACUAAACUGAAAUAAAUAAGCUAAAUUGAACCAAACUAUAUAAAGAUAAACCUUUUUAAAUAAUUUAGCAAUCCAAUUUACAUUUACUGUACAGUAUAAUCUAAUCUAAGUUAUCUAAUCUAUAGUAAUUUAUUCUAAUCUGAUUUCAUCUGUUUCAAUAAAACCAAACAAACCAAUGAUUUUAUCUACAAUGCUUAUCAAUUCUUAUCUAAACCAAACUAAAUCUUCUUUAUUUAAUAUUUAUAUUUUAUCAGCUCCGUAAUUAUGGUAAUAUAACGUUGUUUAAGUCUGUUCAUGCAACUAAUUGAAAUCAAAUUAAAUUGAAAUAUUUUUCCAAGGUGGAGAUUUAAAUUUUAGAAAACCAAAAAUAUUUGUUUUUUUGUGAAUAUAGGUUAGAGAUUUGGCUGACCCUUAUGUCGAGGUUUCCUUUGCCGGACAUAAAGUAAGUAGAAUACCCACGUGAACUUAAGUUGUAAUCUUUUUAUUGAAUGUCGUUAUUUACACUGUGCAUGUGUUUGGUUUUAGCAAAGAACAUCAGUAAAGAAACACACGUAUGAACCUGCUUGGAAUGAACAAGUCGUCUUUGCAGAAUUGGUGAGUUAUUGUAUUUUUUUUAUCUUAAAACUGGUUUACACUAUAAAAGUUUCUGUGAUCACAGUAGGAAUUUAGCAUUAUGUAAAUUCUAAGUUUUGAAAGAUAACUUUGAUAAGUCUGAACCAGCUUUAAAAAUUCACUUUAUAAUUAUAAACGCCAUAUAAUAGUUUUAAAUAUCUUCAAUUCUGUUUAGUUUCCUCCACUCUGUCGACGCAUAAGAUUGCAGUUAAAAGACAGGUAUUGCUGCACAUUUCAUUUCAUUUCUUUAGUUUAUCUGAAUAUCUGUUUUCAGUAUGCAUUGCGGUCCGAAUUCGGUUGACAACAUGCAUGUAAUUUCCACGGUUGAAGGCUGCAAACAUUAGCCCUUGUAAUCUAAAAUCUCUUGAUUCAAAUGUAUACAGCUAUUUCAAUUAAGGUUGUCCCCCGAGCAAAGCGGAAAAGUCGAAUACGAGCGCGAAAGGCUGCUGGGAAUCGCUAAUAAAUGAAUGGAUUUAUUAGCGAUUUCCAGCAGCCUUUCGCGCUCGUACAGACUUUUCCGCUUUGCUUGGGGGGGGCAACCUUAAUUGAAAUAGCUGUAUAAUGGCCAUCAGACUUUCCUGGUUGUAAAAUAUUGUAAAAGCUUAGUUACGACGCUAACCACAUCAGUCAUUCAAAUAAUUUGUAUUAGUAUACCAUAAUGCUACCUGGACGCACCGCAAUACAUAUACUGCAUAUUUUCAUAGUGAUUCGGUCUCAGACGAGGUAAUCGGAAGUCAUUUCAUCGACCUAUCGGCGAUAUCAAAUGAUGGUGCAAACGGUAAGCAUGGUUCGAUGUUUUCUAAAUGUAUGGUUAUUGUAUUCCCCCAUCCUCGUACCCAUGAUCUUUGGAGUGUGAGAGAAAAUAGCCUGGGUACGAGAUUGGCAUUCCCCAUGCAUGUACAGUACUGCUCUGAAAUAAUACUGCAUGUAGUGGCAUAACUAGCAUUCUAAUUGCGUUCAGAGCGCGUUGUCCCGGUUCGAUUGGGAAGAAAAUGAAGCUUGUGAAACGCAAUUUGGAAUGCAAAUGGUAUACGCAAUGAUACGUGGAACGUAAUUUGGAACGGAACUGGAACGCAAGCAAUGAAACACAAAUUGAAUUUAAAUCGAACGCAGUUCGUAACGCAUUUGGAACGAAAUUAAAACGCAAUUAUAGCAAUGCGUUCCUAACGCGACUUUUUGAAAACUAUUUCUGAGCAGUACCGUCAUGUGCAUGUUUCAAAUGUAGCUCGUCUACUGUAAAAUAUUCAUUUGAAAACAAAACACUUUUUUUAUUUCAUGUCACAUGCAGAAACCAAAUAAUACUAAAAACGGUUAAAUCUGACAAUAUACGAAGGACCGAAAGCAUAUACUUAAUCAUAUUCUCAAGGAAAUUAAUUACUAUAACACUCACUAUAUAACAGUAUAAGUAACAGUAACAAAAACCAUAUUAAACAAAACGUAAAGUUCUUAACUGAUUAAGGAUCAAAAUAUCAUUCAGUAUGCAUAAAUUUACUUCAUUUUACACUAAAACAAACGUCAUGUAACUAUAUAAUGACGUGUUAAACUAACAUGCACUUGUUUGCACAUAACCGUGUACUAACAAAUAAACAGCUACAAAACAACACACCUUGAAUUCUUCGAAGCUGAAGUAAACGGAAGUUAAACGAUGUCAUCUGAACCUAACUUUCUUUCCACAAAAUCGAAUGACGGCGAACAUUCUAUGGACUGAGUUGUGUCAUGUUUCUUUAUGUCUUUCUCUCCGUUGUUAAUGUCAUCGUGCAUUUUCCAGGUCUUUCUCUCAGUUGUUUUCAGUAUCAAUCCGUGUUGAACUCCAGCUUGAAUUGUCCAUAUAGUCUUAUUCUCUAUAAAUUUCAUCGUGCUUCUACUUUGAUGUUAUGACUUAUGUUGAGAAUUUCUCUUCUCAAUUUCUCUGUCAUCCACUGUUUGUGGUUGUAUUUUAUAUUUUGAAUAAUAAAUACGGACAUGUUGUCUCUCUCAAGAGCUUUGCUUCUACUUCACGAUAUAUGAUGACGACACGGGACUUUGCUUCAUAUUUGUGGAGCUUUAAAGAAUUUUCCUUCCAGAAUAUAAUUCGUUUUGUCUUCGUUUCCUAGCACAGAAAUGUUGAAUUCUGAACUGUCACUGUUUCUCUCCAACUUGGUUGGUUUUAAUUGCACAUCAUUCACAUUAAUAUUUUAGAUAUAUCUCUAAUUUGCACAACUAAUUCGCACUGUAAAUAAUUUGCACUCUUUCUGGUAAUAUAAGGACUAAUAAUAAUUAACCUGGCAGCCUCGAUACAAAUUCCUCAUUUAAUCAAACAUGGUAAUAUUUUAAUGGAGGUGGUAUGGGCUGAAACCUUCGCGCUUGCAUGGUUUUAUCAGGGCGCAGUAGUUCUAUUAAAUAGAAACUCGGUACACAAUUAUCUAUCCCGUAAUGCACUAUGGAGGAGUAUAAUGAAUUGAGCAUGUAAAGUUAAUUUGUGUGUUGUAUAUGGAUAUUUUCUCGAGUAGGGUGGAAUGGUGAUCUGUAUCGACCUGUAUCUACAGGAAAAUCACACAAGAAACGGAAGGGUUUGUAGCCACACCUUGCACCUAAAUUUAUUAGAAUUGUUAUGCAAAAUAUAGGCACACGUGUUUCACUCCUUUUGGUAUAUUAAGGUUUUCUUCAGUGACCUUAUGUACGAAUGUGCUUACUGCAAGGAUACUUUAUACCCUUAUGUUUCUCUGUUCGUCGUUAUUACAAUUGCUAAUAUGUCAAACUAUGCGUUUCAGUAUUAUUCUUCUGUCUAACAUCUUUCGAAUGCUUUUGUCUUCUUCAAAUUUCAUCAAAAGAAAACCUAAUUUUUUUCAUCAACUAUACACACAAUGGCAUAAUGCCGUAAUGCCAAUUAAAUUAAGGUUAAUUUGAAAUCUCAGUGUAUAUCGUAUAACCUGACUAAAGUUCAAAGCAACCUAUAAAUUGAAUACCCGUGAAUGUUGCUAUAAUUAUGCCUAAAAUGCAUGGUUGAUUAUUUUAAAAAUAUAAUUGCACUGUUAAAAUAGCGUUCUUAAAUUUAUAAAGAUACUGUAUUGAUCUGCCUUUAAAUAAUCCAUUCCUGAUAAUCUAUUCUCUAAGCAAGGUUAGCUAAAUUAAACUUCAACUGCUGUGUCUUUAAGUCUAAACCAUCUCUUAGAGUACACUCAGUGCAAUCACAAAGACCAUCUUUGGAAGCUAAUUUUUAAUUCCAUUUCUUGUUUAGUCUUGUAUACUGACUGUGAUUUUCUUAUUUUCUCUUGUUUCUGUUUUGACCACUUGACUGGAUACUAUACGUCACUUGCACAUCACAUGUAUAACUUACAGCUGAUCGACGUUCAUCGUCAGCUGAUGUUGGUAAUUAUUAUGUCUUGUUUAUAUUACGACUAAUUAGUUGGUAAGAGCGGUCGAAUUUCUAGUACGAAUGGGUUGGGGUAUAAAACCUUAAGUCGAAAUUAUUAUUGUUGUUUAUUAUUAACAUCACCACCAUCAUCAUUGCCACCAUCAUCAUCACUCACCAUCAUCAUGAUCAUCACCCACCAUCAUCAUCACCCACCAUCAUCAUCACCAUUACUACUACUACCAUCAUCACCCACCAUCAUCACCCACCAUCAUCACGCACCAUCAUCACGCACCAUCAUCACCCACCACCAUUACUACCACUACCAUCAUCAUCACCCACCAUCAUCAUAACCAUCACUACUACUACUAUCAUCAUCAUCACCUACCGUCAUCACCCACCAUCAUCACCCACUAUCAUCACCCACCAUCAUCACCCACCAUCAUCACCCACCACCACCAUUACUACUACUACCAUCAUCAUCAUCACCCACCAUUAUCAUCGUCAUCGCCAUCAUCAUCGUCAUCAUCACCACCAUUACUACCACUACCAUCAUCAUCGUCAUCAUCAUCACAACUAUCAUCAUCACCACCAAUAUCAUCAUCACCCUCCAUCAUCACCAUUACUACCAUCAUCAUCACAAUUACUACCACCAUCAUCAUCAUCACCCACCAUCAUCAUCAUCACAACUACAUCACAACUAUCAUCAUCACCACCAUUAUCAUCAUCACCCACCAUCAUCACCAUUACUACCACCAUUAUCAUCAUCAUCUACCAUUAUUACAGUACCACCACUUUACGAAGUCGAUUGGAGAUGUGAAAUGGAGCUACUAAAAUAUCAUAUGAUAAAUCAACAUUGCUAGAGACUCUUACAUGGAUAUGUAAACUUUCAAUAGCAAACUUUUGACAGUAACAGGUCAUGUUAAUUAAUGACAAACACAAUUUCGACUCAUCUUCAUACAGUACUCCAAUCAACUUCGAUAUGUUGUUAUACUCGUAGUUUACGUUAUUAUUAUUCAUGUUUGUAUUUGAUUGGCUAUUGUUGUGGUUACUGAUGUAUCCUGGGAAAUAUGUGGGUAUAUGCGAUAUGAACAGUUCUCUAUCUUGCCUACGAAACCGGUAAAUAUUAAACUUUUUAAACAUAAAUUAAAUAAACAUAGAUUAAAUAAACAUAGAUUAAAUGUUAAUUUAAAUUCAACAAAACAUAUUAUAUGCAACAAAUUGUUUUUAAAUCGAAGUUACUUACAGUACUAGGAAUUAUUAAAUGACGUUACUUGAUAAAAAAAUAUAAAACAUAAAGUGAUAAAUCCCUAGUAAAUUAUUUAACUAUAUUAAAAGUGUAAAUUUUAUAAAUGUCUUAUCAAUCACUAUUUUUAAAAGAAGAAUUAUAAAAUAGUUAUAAAAUAGUAUUUCAAAAUAGAAUUCUUAAAUAUUUUUUGUUUCAUCAAAAACAUUAAACGAGGUUUAGCUUCUCCUGUAAAAAAAUAACUAAAAAAUUAAUAUCUGGUGAAAAACUUAAAAACACAACUGGUAACUGCAAAAAAAUAUUAAAUAUAAUUUAAGUAAAGGCAAUUUAUUGGAAAACAUUAUCGUCAAAAAAACCCUGGGGACAUCAUGACAUUAAACAACGUGUAGUUGAUUCAGUGUUUUAAGAAAGCAUUUGUUCACAUAUUAAUGGUUUGUUUAGCCUAAGCUCACUUCCCUAAUGUCUUUGUAUAGGUUUUAUGCCGACGUUUGGUCCUUGCUGGGUUAACCUUUAUGGUUCGACGAGGGAUUAUUCUGUGUUUGAUGAGCAUAACGAUUUGAACAAUGGUUUGGUAAGUCAUCAUAGACGAAUUUCCAUGGUUUUCCAAAGUUGUUUUUUUUUUGGGGGGGGGGGCAAUUGCACGCCCCCUGUCCUCCUGUCUUUAGGAUUCCCAAUAGAAUUUAGAGUAGGAGGCUCUUUGAUUAGUACUUUGAUUAGUAUGUGGGUAUGUGGUGCCACGCCCUUUAGGAGGGGAGGGUGUGUGUGUUCGAGGCCGUCUCCCCACGAGGCCGUCGUCUCCCCACGAGGCCGUCUCCCCAUGAGGCCGUCUCCCCAUGACUGUUGUAAUAGUUGCCUCUGACAAUUACUUAAUUCUGUAUAGGGUGAAGGAGUUUCGUACCGUGGACGUCUCUUAAUGUCUGUACAAGCUGAAACUGGUGAAUCUGCAUCAGACUCAGGAAUAAAACAAGUUGAAGUCGAAGCGGCUGCACCCAUCUCAGAGGUAUGGUUUUGAACGUUCUCUGCUCAUAUGGUUGACAUCCUUGUUCGGUCUCACCCUACACGUUGUAACAAACCUGCAGCAGACUUGCAGCAAUGCUGUUCCAACAACUUGUCAACAGGAUGUGUUUGUUCGCACUGCUUGUUCCUAGCUUGUUGACAACUUGCUACGAGGUUGUUGAAGUCCGAUACAGUCAUGAUAUAACAAUAUUGUUACAACCUUCAACAAGUCUAUAGAACAACCUUGCAACAAGUUUGAUAAUGCCAUCAAGUUGUUAACAGCUUGUUCCAAUCAGCAACUAGGAACAAGCAGUGCGAACAGAACACCACUUGUUGACAGCUUGUGAACAGAUUUGUAACAACUUGUUUGCAGACCUGGAACAACUUGACGCGUUUUUACGUGUGUAGUGCGAUUUUUACAUCUGUUGAAGGGUAUAUAGGUUUAAAUUUGGUGCGUCGUCAAUUUUAUGAGUUGCGUCUAAUGCGUUCCGUGAUUGGAUGUGGGGUGUUUCGUUUUAGACGGCUGCCGGUAAAGAAGAACAGUUUCAAUUAUUUGCUUGUCUCUACGAAGCUUCUAUGAUUGACCGCAAAGUUGGCGACAAAAAUAUGCAAUUUGAAAUGACAAUUGGUAAGUUUGAGGGGCAUGAGAAACGAUUAACCUAUACUGAUUAAUUGCUGAGAAAUUAUCCUUGAACUUUCAAAAAAUGAAGAGAUUUUAGAUGGUACGCCAAAGAGAAAAUAAUGUCUGAAGUUCAGUAAAGCUUUGCUUAUAUUGCUGUAUUAUUAACUGUUAUUUUGUGUUUCUCAACCGCGAGAUACAUUUAGAAAGGUUGCUAACUGUGUAAGCUACAAAACAAAGCUAAAACAAAGUAAUUUUGAGAGGAACGCCAAAACGAUUUUAGGUUUUGAACACUUUUCAUCGCAAAUACGUGACGUUGAAAAAAAAUUGCCUUUUAAUUCUUCUUCUAGGAAAUUACGGUAAUCAACUGGACAGAACGGAUGAAAAAGUGGCGAAAGAAGUGGAAGAAAAUCCUUUCCUAAAUUCACUUUCCCUUCCUGCUCGUCCAGUCACAAACAACCGUCAGUAUUACCACAUUCCCUGGGAUGAUUCCAAACCUUGUCUUCAUAUUAAGUUUCCAUGGCAGGAUCACAGACGACGCUUGUAUAACGCCAAUAUUAUCUAUAAAAUUUGUGAGCGUUUUGUAAGUACUGUUAAGUAGUUACUGUUCGGUCAUUACUUAUGGUUAGACUUGCUCCAAGUCUCUCUUUCAUUGUCAUAUCGAUCCACUAUAGUGUACAUUACAUGACGUAGCACGGAGAGGCGGAGCGAGAAAGAGAGACUUGUCAACCUCGGAAAAUCUCUGUUCAAAACUGAACCGAAAAUACAAGACUUGUUUUAUUUGUUUCCUUCAAUUUCUUUCUGUGUUAUUUACUAUAAUGAACUCAUGUUAUUUACACUGUGCUAGAUCAAUACAUAUAAACACUGACAGAAAACAAUUAAAGCAGGUCUUGCAUUUUCGGUUCAGUUUUGAACCGAGAUUUUCCGAAGUUGACAAGUCUCUCUUUCUCGCUCCGCCCCUCCGUACUACGUCAUGUAAUGUACACUAUAGUGGAUCGAUACUAUAUGACAAUAAAGAGAGACUUGGAGCAAGUCUAUACUUAUGGCGGGGGGUGGCACUGAAGAGAAAAGGGUUGGGUAAAAAAAAUUUUGAGUGAGUAAUAUAGGUUGGGUAAUGAAAAACGAAACAACUCAAGGGUUGAGUAAUAAAAAAUUAUUGUCUUUUCCAAAGCAUGACUCACUCAUGCUUUUCCAAAGCAUGACUCACUUGCAGUCUUGCACAUGUAAUUCCUAAUACUGUAUGUAGUAGGCAUAUACCUAAAGGCCCAUUAAAUUAAAGGCCCAUAAAAUUAUCCACGGACAGAAAAUUUUCCUAAAAUAUCCUUGUGAAAAGGUGAAAAUUUUUCAACUUCAAAAUUUUUUUCCUGAGUGGAAAUGGGCCUUAAUGUAGAAAAAUGUGAGAACAGACAGAAUCGGCUAACAUUUGUUUAUAAACCCAUUAUGAAUCUAACUAUAGGAAGAUGGUUUGGUCGACAUCCUAGAGAGAGUCAAAAUGGAUCUACCCGAUACUUACAAAUGGCUGAGCAGAGUUCUUGGGGAACUUAUAAAUGGUUGCACGUAAGUUUUGACUGUAUUUGAACAAGACUAAGGACGUUAAAGCAUAGACCGGCUAAGCAUGCUUACUCUAUGUGUGACAAGCCUGUGGCGUAUUUUGAUGCAUUCUUGUGUAAUACAUUGCAGAAAUUACCUCAACUUAAUGAAGUCCGUCCCUGCGGCUGCUCACAUUGGCAGAACGAAACUGGACCAGGAAAGAUUAAAACUCUGCAAUUAUGAAAUUGUAAGUACAGUAAUACGUUGCAAUAAAAGAUUUGAUGAGAUUUGCUGUCAAUGAUGUCUUUGCUGAUAACUGUGUCAUGUGUAUUUGCAGGAAGCGGUUAUGCAGGCGGCCUCAGACCUCAAAGCGAUUUGUAAAGACGAUACGCACACGAAAGAAAAUCUGAAGACUGCCAAUGGAUUACUGCAAAGAUUGCUUAAUAUUGCUACUGAGGUACACACAAAAAUCUCACGUCUUGUAACAAGGUGGCCAACAAGUUGUGUUCGCACUGCUUGUCCCAAGUUGUUAACAAGUUUGAAACAAGCCUGUUAACAACAUGUAACAAGCUUGAUAGCAUUAUCAGACUUGUUGCAAGGUUGUUCCAACAAGUCCGAUACAGUCAUGAUAUAACAAUAUUGUUACAACCUUGUGUCAUAAAACUUUAACAUUCUUGUUAUAUCAUGACUGUAUCAGACUUGUUAGAACAACCUUGUAACAAGUCUGAUAAUGCCAUCAAGCUUAUUACAAGUUGUUAACAGCUUGUUCCAAACUUGUUACAACAACUGGGAACAAGCAGUGCGAACACAACUUGUCGACAGCUUGUGAACAGAUUUGUAACAACUUGUUUGCAGAACUGUAACAACUUGUGCGUUUUUACGUGUGUAGACGCUGUUGAAAUUUGCUCUGAAUCAUUGAUAUGCAUGCAUAGCCCGAUGUCAUGUUUACACACGCUCAACAUUUAUACAGUAGGCGUUCACUCACAAGAGUUCUAUAUAUUCACAACAACUCGUAUACUUUGUUUUAUCUCAGCCCCAGGACAGCCUUCCUGACAUCUUCAUCUGGAUGUUAUGUGGCAAUAAACGCGUGGCGUACACGCGUGUACCUGCUCAACACGUGUUGUACUCGCUCGUGGAAGAAGAGCGCGGCAAAGACUCGGGACGAAUGCAAACACUUUUCCUCAGGGUAAGCGAAAUAUCGCAUUGCAUAUAAAUAAUGGUCAACAAUAAAAUAUUCCUGAUAAGUAAACGUACUAUAUGCUAAUAUGUAGGUUAUUCACACAAGGUCGGACAUAAUUAUCAACAUUUUCACAAGCGUAUAAACUACAAACUACUACUUGUACCGCUCCAUAAGAGAAACGUCUUUUGAGAAAGUUAGUCCUUGACUGUAUCUUGUGUUAUUUCCAGCUGCCUGGUAAGCGCGGAGAAGGUCCUAAAGGCUGGGCGAUUCAGUCCAAACUCAACAUCAUGAUUUGGUUGGGAUUACACAAACACAAGAAGGAUUAUCUGAAAGACGCACCGAAAGGAUACGAUAUGGUAGGCCAAUGUUUCCACUUAUUUUACUAAUAUUCAUACUAUAUCCUUUUUGCUCCAAAUUCUAGUGUCAUAUGAGGUAAUUAAUAUUAUUUUUAUCAUUUCUAGCCACGAAAUGCACAUAAGCUGAUGGCUCCUCCUCCAAAUGACCUGGUUUAUAAAGGUUUGUUUUAUAUUUAUAUCACAGUGGAACUCUGCCUUACGACCACCUCGUUAAUACGUUUACAGUCACCUCUUUAUUACGGCCACGAUUGAAUACCCUGAAAAAAAACCUUAUAAAAAUACCCCGUUGAUAUGGCCACCCCGUUAUAACACGGCCAAAUUUUUCGCACCGUCCUUGACCGUAUUAAUGGGGUUCCACUGCAUGUACUGCAGCGUCCCGCUGUUUUGUGCCUCUGGGUACAAAAUUUGCUCCUGGUCUUGCACAGCUAAACAAAAGCUACUGUAAACGUGCACCAAGCUUGUAGCUAUAUGCAUUCAUGUAUUCUCUAUUAUUUUCUUCUCAAUAGUUAAACAGAAGUUCGUGUUACGAUCUCAUUUGUACCAAGCUCGAAGUCUAAUAGGAAGCGAUGCUUCAGGAUUGUCAGGUAUAUAUUCUAGGUUUCACUAUUUAUACGUGGUUUGAAAGUUUGUUUUGGUUUCCAGUGUAGGUAAUGACAAGGAGAACUUUGACGUUUCGAGCGAAGGCCCUUCGAAACGUCUAAGUUCUCCUUUUAUUUUUCAGGUAGUUGUAUCCCUAUCAAUCCGAAGCUUUCUUAUGUUUAAACAGCCAUCUUUCUGAAGCAGCCACAAUCACACAAAUCUUCCUCUAAUAGUUUGCCUGUAUCAAGCGGCUAAUUUUGCACUAAACUAUAUUAAACCAAGCAAAAUUCCAACCAAUGCGGUUUGUUAAUGGAUUUAUAUCAUCUUUAAUACAAUGUUAUCUUAUUACUAGAUGCUUUUGCCAAAGUUAUUUUCACUCAUUUUAUCGCCGAGACUCGAGUAAUCUGGGAGACAAGAAGCCCGACAUGGGACCAGACCAUUAUCUUCGAAGAUAUUUAUCUCUGGGGCGAUGUCAAUGAAAUUGCUGUUAAUCCGCCGACGAUUGUGCUCGAGAUUUUUGAUAAAGAUAUCGGUGUAUGUAUAGCUUGUCAUAAUAAAGUCCAGUUCAACAUCUUGGUCCUACAUCAUCCUAUUCCUACAUUAUUUCUACAUCCCUACAUCCCUGUGCAUCCACACCGGGCAAGCUGAAAAGUUUGCCUGACCACUGUGGGAAUCGAACCCGCGACCUUUGGGAUACUAGUCCAAUGCUCUAUACCAACUGAACUACGAGGUCAAGUUCAAUCGAGUUGGUCGACUAGUAUCCCAAAGGUCGCGGUUUCGAUUUCCACCAUGGUCAGGCAAACUUUUCAGCUUGCCCGGUGUGGAUGCACACUCAGAGUAACAUCGCAAUCAUAUUCACCUGAGUACAUAUAACCAACACACACGAAAUGUAUGUAAUAAUAACAUUGUCGGGCUUAGGUAAAUUCUAAGUUUUGAAGGAUUUGUAUAAGAAAUUUUUGAGAGAACUGACUCAGUCUUAAACACUGAGUCAGUCAGUUCCCUCAAACAUUUCUUACAAAUCCUUCAAAACUUAGAAUUUUCCUAAGCAAACUUGAAAGGUUUGAACUUUUAAUAUUCAAAAUUUUCUUCCAACAUUUUUGGACCUAUAUUGAAUUCUUUGGGAGAGUUUUAGGAUGCUCUAUCCUCCAAGUGACAUAGGAAAAUGUAUUUGCUUGAUAUAGUGAAACGACUUUAAACACCUAACGAUUUUAUUUGUGACGAAUGUGAAAAGUUUAAUCAUCUCUUUUCAUUAAUAUUCUGGCGUCAAAAUUGUCCGAAUUCAAAAAGGAUGUUCUAUCCAUCUUAGUUUUGAGAUUAGGGAUUCGAUUCCUCUACGAUAUCCACGUAUCUUUACUGACUGUUUAGGGUGAAUCGGAGUUCAUUGGUCGUGCUCUGGCUCGACCUAUUGUAAAAAUGGCGUGUGAACCGUACGAGAAACCGUUCUUCCCGCCCGCCUUGGAGUGGUUCCAGAUACUCCGUGGUGAAGAGAAGGCCGGUGAACUGCUAGCAGCUUUCGAAUUACUGCAGGUAACUAUGGCUACACGUUUCUUUGGGACCUUGAGAAAAAAUACAGGCAAAAACUUUAAUAACCUUUUUUGUAGUGGAAUCUAUACCAUUUUCAAACUUUUCUCCGCAACAGCUUGUGAUGACUAGUGGUUAUUACCGGAGAAAGUCUAAACUAAACUGUAUUGAUAUAGGAUGACUCUCUCAGUCCUAAAAUAGAUGUCACUCAAUCCCACUAUAGAUGUCGUUGUUCUUACAGGUGACUGAUGGUACGACACAUAUGCCACCGGAAGUUGAGCCUGUCAAUACCUCCGAUGGUCCCAUAUGCCCGGUACCUGAAGGUAUAAGACCUGUCAUGAAGAAACACAGAAUCGAGGUAAGUGGUACCGGCGUUUUCCCCUCUCGUAGUUUAGAGCGCUAGAAUGGAUGUCUUGUUCACUUAAUACUUGCCCAAAGAAGAAACAAUGUUGCAGAAACAUUCCGAUGCUUUCCCAAAAGGUGUCACCAAAGGUGUCCCUUUCCCACCCUUGGAAAGAUUGUUGCGGAAAUAAAUUUAUGCAAAAGUGUUUCCCAUCUGGCCAUUUCAUGACCAGGUCUUUGUUACGUGAAUAAACUAUGUACAACACUGAGUUCUGCUUGUUCUUCGUUUCCUUUAUUUAGAGUCGGGCCUUGUACAUCGUGUCCAUCAUCUUGCAUCAUCCUUCAUAAUUCCAAUAUCUCAUCCAUAAUCUUCAUAUUUUUCCAUCCCUCCAUCUUAUCUUUUGUCUUCGUCUGUAUCUCUUCCCUUUAUUUAAAGGUCAGGCCUUGUUGUGUAUCAUCUUCCUUCAUCUCUCCAAUCAUUCUCCCCAAGUCCAAUAUCUCAUCCAUAAUCUUCUUAAUUCCAUCCCUCGAUCUUAUCUUUUGUCUUCCUCUGUAUCUCUUCCCUUUAUUUAAAGGUCAGGCCUUGUUGUGUAUCAUCUUCCUUCAUCUCUCCCCUCAUUCUCCCUAAGUCCAAUAUCUCAUCCACAAUCUUCUUAAUUCCAUCCCUCCAUCUUAUCUUUUGUCUUCCUCUGUAUCUCUUCCCUUUAUUUAAAGGUCAGGCCUUGUUGUGUAUCAUCUUCCUUCAUCUCUCCAAUCAUUCUCCCCAAGUCCAAUAUCUCAUCCACAAUCUUCUUAAUUCCAUCCCUCCAUCUUAUCUUUUGUCUUCCUCUGUAUCUCUUCCCUUUAGUUAAAGGUCAGGCCUUGUUGUGUAUCAUCUUCCUUCAUCUAUCCCCUCAUUCUCCCUAAGUCCAAUAUCUCAUCCACAAUCUUCUUAAUUCCAUCACUCCAUCUUUUCCUCUCACAGGUUCCUUCCAAGCUCUCGUAGCUUUUUAUCGUCCAUCCUAUUAUUUAUAACUAAGUUCUGCGCUGCUCAGCAAAUAUUAGAAACUUACAAUGCUCCUUCUUCACUAAUUUUACCAUCAAUCAUUGCUAGGUGUUGUUUUGGGGUGUUCGUGAGAUGAAACGUUUGAAUCUACAAACAGUCGAUCGUCCCCAAGUGGACAUUGAGUGUGCAGGUCGUGUUAUCCAGUCUACAGUUAUCGGAAAUGCCAGGCGUAAUCCGAACUUUCUGAAUCCAGUGGAUUUCUUUGAUGUGGUAUGUGGUAUCAUUGAUUAUUCUCUUAUUUGUACGAUGUAUGUGUAUGGAUUUUUCCAAAUGAUUUUCUUGAAUAAAAAAGAAUAAACUUGUACGGGUUUUUGGUGGAUCAUUAUGGAAUAUGUCAUAUAAAUGAGUUAGCACUGUAUAUCAAGAAAACAGAAUUAUCUCAGUAAAGGAAUAAUUUAACAAAAAUCAGUAAAAUGUUACGAGACAAUAUUAAUUUCCGUCAUGUCAUGGCUGUAAAAUCGGCGAUCUUUGUUUUCUUUUGCGACUUGUUCUUUGGGUGUCAGUUUGAUAGUUCUAAGGGUUAUUUCAUCAACUCUACAAAUAUUUCCAUUUUAGGAACUUCCAGAAAACGAACGUUAUUGUCCUCCGCUGACCGUACGUGUUCGUGAUUGUCGUACAUUUGGUCGAUUCUCAUUGGUUGGCACUCACGUCCUUAACUCGUUGCAUCGCUACCGAUAUCCCAAGGCGGGAGAACCCAUCGAGAAGGCUUCGGUCAAAGAUGUCACAGGUAACAGUGUUAGGGUUUUCUCCUGCAUUAACACUGGAUCAAUAAGAGAUCGGCGCCGAUUAUCGGCCUUGCUGCACUUAUGUACUACUUACAACGCGGACGUGAAUGUUGUAAAUGGUUUGUGAAAUGUCUUGAUGAGAACAUGCGUAUUCUUCAAAAAUGUUCAAUAAAUGAAUGAUAUUCAGUGAGAAAAUUGAACUUAUGUUAAAUUAAACUAAAAUUUGAGUUUAUGUAAAUCGGCAUGAUUUGUAUCAGAUAUACAAACUCCUUCACGGUCAUGAUUUCUUUCAUGUUUUCUUCAUGAAUUAUUGAUUAGUUUCACAAAUUUAACUUACUGAAUAGUUUAAAACUUAUUAUUUUGUGUAUGUUGGUGUUAUGUACUCAGGUGAAUAUGAUGUUUGUGAUGUUACUCUGAGUGUAUGUCCAAUUCCAACUAGAUCGUCUGUUACAGACUUAAAAGUUCCAUCAGUUAAGACCACGCAAGCAAAAUCCAAAAUUUCCUUCAGUGGUGCAAGUUUAUUUAAUUCUUUACCUUCCGAAUUAAAAGAUAUUGAAAAUCACUCAAUUUAUUCCUAUAAAAAGAAGCUCAAAACCAACUUUAUUCAAUUGAAUUAUGAAGUAGAUCACGUUAAUAAAUCCCGCUGCAUCGAUUGUAAGCAUAUUACUCAUUGUCAAUGUUACUCUCAAUAGGAUUUUCUUUUUAUAUAUCACUAUUAGAUAUCGAGGGCCAUUGGGAAGAAUACUAUAUUAAGUAAUCAAUGUAAUCCCUCAUUAAAUAAAGUUUUAUUAUUAUUAUUAUUGUAUCCACACCGGGCAAGCUGACCAAGUUAGCCUGGCCACGGUGGGAAUCGAACCCGAGACCUUUGGGUUACUAGUUUAAAACUGAUAGAGCUUUCCAUUAUCAACGUAGAAGAACCACAGACUGAUCCAAACGCCCCAGCACAGCCACAAGAUGUUGCCGUGAAUAUUGAUGAUCCAGCUAUUGGCGAAGAUGCCCCGGAGAACCCCGAAGCUCAGGUACAGUUGUGACAAAUAUCCUUUUGAAGUUGCUAAAGAACACAAAGGCUGCAAGCAGGUCGUACAGUAUGAAACGUACGAACAGAGAGGUUUCGGUCAGCAUGUUUCUCCAUAAUUGAUAUCCGUUUCCCCGCGGUAAACCAUGGUCUACACGUAACAGACAACGGAUAAGGGUGUUUUCUGUUUACUGCUUGUAGGACGAAUAAAAUGCUUCAACUUUACCUUACCUAAAUAAAUCAAUGCACAUUUGCUCGUCAAAUUUUCCCCAAAGCUAUGGUGAACCUCGACAACAAAAGUUACUAUUCUCUGAUCGGUUUUCGUACUCUUGAAUAUCUUGCAUUUCUUAAGUUACAAGUCGAUAAUUUUUACGUGAGAGCGCCUAGCUUUUGGAACGUUUUCCCUAGUGAUAUUCGUGACACUUCAAGAUCACUCUUCAUAGUCUAUCAGUGAGGUCAUGUUGUUGACGAUCAAAUAGCCUAGGGAAUUAGUUUUAUCAUGUAAAUUUAUUUCAUGACGAAUUAUGUAUGGGACCCCGUUAGUGGAGAUUGCUUCUGUGGUCAGUCCCUGCCUGUGUUGUAUGUAAUAUAUGAACAACGAGAGCGAGUGUUUCACCGGGAUAUCCAAACACGAGAAAACAAUGUAUGAAAACACGAGCGCGAAGCACGAGUGUUUUCAUACAUUGUUUUCGAGUGUUUGGAUAUCCCGGUAAGACACGAGCUCGAGUUGUUUAUAUGGCUUCUCAAAUGAAUCGAGACGUAACAGAAUGUUUUCGUUUGCUGAUUUGAAUAGAAUUCGUAACCAAGCAUAACGUAAUUAGGAAUUCUAUUCAAGUAAUUUUGCAUGCGUAAUUAAGAUACUUGAUGAAAACACUAGUGACUUUCAUCAAGUUUCACCGGGUUAUCCAAAUGGCAUCUUGUGAUCAAAUAGGUGAUUAUCAUUGGCUGAAAUGCUCAUGAAUUAUUAACGAAUUUGAGAAGUAAAUUUUGUCUAGUCUAAUUUAUGUCUGUUAUGUUUGGCGAAUCUUGUAAAUAAAUAAACAAAGUAUCCAGUUUACGGGUACGGGUAUAUCACCGUACUCGUAUCACCCGUACUCGUAAACCGGAAUCGGGUAUCUUAACCUCUCUAAUACCAGCUGGUUGUCGGUUGGAUAUGUAUUUAAGAUCUGACCUAAACUUGUGUCUGUCUUCAGGAUCCAGGCGGCGGUGGUGGUGGUGGAGGUGGUGCUGGUGGUGACAAGAAGAAGAAAAAAGAGGAUAAAGAGGAAGAAGAGGACGACAAUGAGGAUACUCUGGAUUGGUGGUCACGAUAUUAUGAAACUAUGAAGUUCAUUGAUGCUGAGGCUGAAGAUAAAAAGAAGGUUAGUAUGGUGUGGUAUAUAAUAUUUCAAAUCCCACUAUGAGGACUGGACUAGAUUUCAAGUUCGAGCAAUUUGAUUUCAAAUCUAGUCCAGAAAGAAUUGGGGGAUUUGAAAUGACAUCUCGUACGAAUAAAUCACUAUUUAAAGUGAGGUGAAUUAAUUUUGAUCCAGUCCUAGGACUUGAUCAGUAUACUUCACCAGGUAUUCAGUGUUAUCAUGUUAGCAAAAUAAAGCAAUAUAGUUGGCUAAUUUUCUUAUGAAUUAUUAAUGAGUUUGAGAUGAUGUGGUAUGGUAUAUAUGGUAUGGUAUGGUAUGGUAUAUGGUAUGGUAUAGUUGGUAUGGUAUAGUUGGUAUGGUAUAGUUGGUAUGGUUUGGUUGGUACAGUACGGUACGGUACGGUAUGGUAUGGUUUACUAUGCCAUGGUAUGGUAUGGUAUGGUUUACUAUGCCAUGGUAUGGUAUGGUAUGGUAUGGUAUGGUAUGGUAUGGUAUGGUAUGGUAUGGCCUGGUAUGGUAUGGUAUGGUAUGGUAUGGCCUGGUAUGGUAUGGUAUGGUAUGGUAUGGUAUGGCCUGGUAUGGUAUGGUAUGGUAUGGUAUGGUAUGGUAUGGUAUGGUAUGGUAUGGUAUGGUAUGGUAAGUAAGGGAGGUACAUUGGAUUGGGGUCGAGAUAGUACGAAACUAUGAUUAAUGGUGAUGCUGAAGAUAGGAAGGUACAAAGGUCGGUCGGUCUGCCAGCAAGUCUGCGAACAAGCCAGCCAGCACGAAAACAAGUAGAAAACAUAUAUAGUACUUUAAAAACCUAACAAACUUGUGGUGUCCCUCCAGGAGGAGAAGCGGAAGAAAGAAAAGAAGGAAGCAGAGAAAGAAGGAAAGGAUGAUAAGAAAGAUAAAAAAGAUAAAAAGAAAGAUAAGGUUGUUCAACCUGAAGUUUCCCAGAGACCUGAACGAAAGAAGAAUAUUCCUUUGAUUCAGGUAAAUCAUCUUUUAUGCUCUAUUAAAAUAUAAAAACGUUCCUCUUAUAAACUAUAUUUUUUCAUUGCAUAAUAUGCUGUUCUUUAGAUUUAUCGGACAGAGUUAGAAAAUGUUGAAGAUUUCAACAACUUUAACGACUGGCUUCAUUCCUUCUCGUUGUAUCGUGGAAAGAAAACAAGCGAAGAAGAUGACGACGAACAUAGAGUUGUUGGAAAGUUCAAGGUAUUACAUCACAAGCCUUGAUGCCCGUGAGGAAUGCUGGUCUUAGUAGUCAUCCCCUGGGAAAAUUUCAAUAGUGGCCAUUUUGAAUUGUUUAAUUUUCCCGGACGAUGACCACUAAGACCAGCAUUCCUCGCGAGUAUCAAGCCUUGUGACGUCAUUAUGCAUAAGGUCUAUUUACGAGUCCGAGUCCACACAGUGCAACGUAGUAUAAUCCUUUUCGCGAAAAAGAUCCUUGAGAUCCAUAGAGCAAGAAAGAAAAAAAAUAUAAUUGUAAAAUAAAGAUUCUAACCAAUAGAGAGGAUAUUGCCUGUACUUGUAGGUAUGCCCUGCAUCGGGAAUACAAUUAUAAGUGCAUUCAUCUUAAUAGUGCAAUAGUGUAUAAAUCUAUAGGCGAUUACAUGAUGUAACAAAUAUUGUAUGGCAAAUGCAUUUUUAGCCAAUCUAGGACACUUGAUUUUCAAAAUUUUCUGGCAGAGCACGGGUCCCCCUGGUGGUGACCUUUUUGGCAUCUGUAUUUACACCGAAAAUUACCGCGGUCCCAGAAAAUAAAAUAUUUUUUCCACCCCUGUUAAGAGGAGUCAAGUCCGACGUAUUCAAAACCGAGUCAUACCCUUAAGUCCAGAUUCCAGUCCUGCAACACUGCAGGCUUGGGACUUAAACAUAAAGCAGUCGAAUGGAAAGUAUAACAGUGUAUAUUUUUCUUUAGGGAUCUUUGAAAGUUUGGCAAUGUCCGUUGCCUGAGAACAUCGAGACUGAUCCCGUUAUUGGUACCUUCCGUAAGUUGCCUAGCAACGAGCCAGUCAAUGUCUUGGUUCGAGUCUAUGUCGUAAAGGUAACAUUUUGUUAAAUUGAAAUAAAAUUGGAGUUUUGAGUACAAUAGUAUGUAUGAUAUGACAUGGUAUGGUGUUGGUAUUGUAUGGUGUGGUAUAUUAUUGGUGCAGUAUGGUGUGGUUUGGUAUUGUAUAAUAUGGUGUGGUAUGAUAUGGAAUGGCAUUGUAUAGUAUAGGCAAGGUUUGGUAUGGUAUGGUAUGGUAUGGUAUGGUAUGGUACUAUGGUAUGGUAUGGUACUAUGGUAUGGUAUGGUACUAUGGUAUAGUACUAUGGUAUGGUACUAUGGUAUGGUGUGGUAUGCAUAAUAUGAUAUGAUAUGGUAUGGUAUAAAGUAUGACAUGGUAUUGAAUGGUCUGGUUGACUGGAGAAUAUAAUUACUCACAUUAACCUCUUUCAAUAACCACGUUGUAUUUGUAUUUGUAUCUGUGCUUCCAGUUCAAUACCAUUUUCAAUUAUUUGAUUUUAGCCCGUUUAUAAUAGAGAUAUUGCCGCCAUGGAUCAGUGGAUUAAAUUUUCAUUUGGAUGCACUAUUUAAAAGACGCGAGAGCCGAGAAGAUUUAACUUUUAAAUGAAAUGCAUGCAUCGUGCAACAAUUAUCAAACGAUUAUUCCAAGCAGACUUGAUCUAAAUGCUGAAAUUCAGCCGGAUAACGUGAUUUUAAUUUUAAAUUAAAAGUUAAACUUUCAUUUCCACUUUAACUUGAAAUUUGUGUGUCUGUUUGAUUCAGAUCGUGUUACAUCGACCAUUUAAACCAUCCUUCCACUCAUUAAUGAAUUAAUCUAUAUCCGCCCUAUUUAAUAUUAAAGUAGUUUUAACAACCUUGAAUUAAUAAUCUUCUACCUCUUUAAAUAGCUUCAGGAAAAAAUGGAUGUACUUAAUGAUAGUAGUUCACUAAAACUUGACGUUAUUGUUCCCUAACAUUCUAACGUACCAAUACAUGUAAUGUUUUGGUUUGUUGUAAUAACACAUUACAUUUGUAGGUACUUAACAUUCUAACCUGGUCGUAAUACACGUAAUGAAAUUAUGGUUUGGUAUAAUAAUACACUACAUUACGUUUACUAAACAUUCUAACAUACUUGUAUAAUGAAAUGACGGUUUUAUUUGUUGAUAACAUAACUUUAUAGGUAUUUAAACAAAUCUAACCUGGUACCAAUUCAUGUAAUGAUAAAGAUUUAAACGAAGUUUUAAACAAUUAAAAAUUAUCUUAUAGGCAUUAAAUCUCCAUCCUUCUGAUCCAAACGGCAAGGUAGGUUUCAUUCUCCCCAGUAAUCUCGGAUAACUGUUCAUGCGCCUUCGCUCGUUAUUCUAGGCGUAUAAUCUCCACCCGGCCGAUCCACUGGGGAAGGUAUGUAUUGUUAGCUAAACCCUGCUAGGUGACGAGGUUUUUGGGCUUCAUAAUAGGUUAUAUUCUCUUCUUCCUACUCUUUUUGGGGGGUGGGAGGGGGGUUGGUGAGUGUUGUGUUGAGGGUAGUGGUUGGCCAUUGUUUCCAGUACAGGCACGCCUUGAUUAAAAGACAAAUUGAUGGUAAUUCAUUUUGUCCCUGUGAAGGAAAAGUUACUACUAAGAGCAGCCAUAGGCGCCUUCGAAUUGGUCAUGUUGCGUCAUUGGUAAUUCGGCUUUCAGCUGCAAGGAAGGAUGAUUAGCAUUCUAUUUCUUUACGUUUAUCUUUAUUUUUGUUUUGAAAAGAACUCAGUUGCUCAGAUUUUUUAAUCAGAUGACAUCAUUGGCAAGAGUCCCAAAGGAAUCGAUACAUACAUAUUUGUUCUGACUAUGACCCCCCUGUAAUCUACGGUUAUAGUAUGAUUCUGAUUCUGUCUAUCUUCUGACUAUACCCCCUGUAAUCUGCGGUUAUACUAUGAUUAUGAUUCUGUCUAUCUUCUGACAAUGACCCCCCUGUAAUCUGCGGUUGUACUAUGAUUAUGAUUCUGUCUAUCUUCUGACAAUGACCCCCCUGUAAUCUGCGGUUACUAUGAUUAUGAUUCUGUCUAUGUUCUCAGUUCUCACUAUGAUUCCCUCAGGCUUGAUCCUUCUGCAAAAGGUCGGGAAAUGAUGUUUGGUUUUCUUCUUCAAACUGAUGACGUAAUUUUGAAAAACUCUGAUAGAGUAAAGUAAGAAACAUAGUGAAGGAAUUUUAUUUUUGCAGGCUGAUCCUUAUCCUGUGGUAACACUGGGCAAGCAAAAAGUAAAGGAUCGUGAUAAUUACAUAUCGAAACAGUUGAAUCCAAUAUUUGGAAGGUAAGAUGUGACAAAAUUUACACUGUCAGAUUUCACCUUGGUAAACAGUUGAAAUUUGGGGGAAAUCCAUGUCAGAUUUUACCAUGGUGUUUAAUUUCUAAACAGUUGAAAUUCGGGGGAGAUCUAUGUCAGAUUUCACCAUGGUGUUUAAUAUCUAAAAAGUUGAAAUUUUGGGGGAGACUUAUGUCAAGUUUCACGCAGAGCAAACAUACUGCUGUAUAUAAUUAAUUAUAAGGUAUAUUUACAAAAUCAGUAUAUUUCCCAGUUUCAUUAAAUUGCCAGAAAUUUUUUUUCUUCUGGCUAACAUCAUACUCCUAUGGUAGAGAGUGGUCUAUUUUUUCUCAAAUAAAGCUUUUACCUCCCCAAUAUAUUUUUGUGAUGUUAUUUGUAAUUAGUUAAUAAUAUUAUUCUAUUUAGAACGUUUGAGUUCGAGGCUCUGAUUCCCAUGGACUCUAUACUUACUGUUGGUGUGUAUGACUGGGAUUUAGUGGGCAGUGAUGAUUUGAUUGGAGAAACUAAGAUUGAUUUGGAAAAUCGCUUCUACAGUAAACAUCGAGCUACAUGUGGCUUGCAGGAACAGUUUGCGACGUAAGAUAUUUUUUAACAAAUUGGUGGAUUUGGUUACAUCGUGGCCAGGGCUCCUGUGGGGUCUAUGAAGGGCCUCUAUAUCAGCAGGGUCUAUGCAGGGCCCCUGGAUACCAGCAGGGGUCUAUACAGGGCCCCCUGAACCACUGUCGUUGAAUGGCACCCUGCCUACAUAAAGUCACUUCUUCUAAAUGUUCACACUUCUGAUAGUUAAGCUAUUGGAACAAGUUAUACUAAAGCCGGACAGCGCUAGCCACUGGUUUGUGUAUAUUUGUGCACGUCUGGGGCCAGUUAUAGCAAGCCCGUUUAGCGGUGGUUAAGCUCAAAAUAGAAAGCAAAUCUAUAGAUUCAUUAACAACCAAACUAAAAGUUUUUAACCUUAAUAGAACAAUAAUGUUUACUACUAAAUAUCCAGUGCACAAUCAGUUCACGAGAGAUAUAAGAGUGUUAUUAAAUUUUAACUUAUCCAUCGUUUGAGCUAAACGGGCUUGAUACAACCGGCCCCUGUUUAUUAUUAAGUAAAUUUUUCAACACGAAUUUGAAGAUUUUGCUCUAUCUCUAUGUUGAAUAUAACACUCAACUGCUCUAUAUUCUAGAUUUGGUUUUAAUAAAUGGCGAGACCCACAACGUCCCACUCACAUUUUGGCCAAGUUGUGUAAAGACGAAGGAUUAGAUGGUCCGCAUUAUAAUAAUGGUAAAGUGCAAGUUGAUGGUAUCACUUUUCGAGCUCCGGGACAGAUCCAAGAUGAAUCUGGUGAGUUGGUAACUAUUUUUUUAUGGGGGGAGGGGGGGAGGGGACGUUUUUAAACUGGAUCGUCGUCAUGCAUGUUUUAGAUUUUUGUUACACUAAAAAUAAAAAUACAAAUUGGUAUUGCUUUCUGUCUGAACUGGAUGACAAAUAGCAAGAGGAUAGUGCUUCUUACCUCCUGUUGAACAGUACUUUUUGUGUCAGCACUCGUGUAUUACGUUUAAAUGCUGGUUUACAAUAUCAAAGUUUUUGUGAUCACAGUAGGAAUUUUGCACAGGUAAAUUCUAAGUUUUGAAGAAUUUGUAAUAAAUAUGUAAUGGAAGUUACGCCUGUUUUCUAAAAGCUCACUCACACUCAAAGAGUGGAGGUUCAAUCUGAACUUCUCUUGAGUGUCAGUGCUGUUUUUGACAGUAACCACAUAGUAAGGUACGACACUAACCUUCAGCUAUUCAAAAACAGCACUGACACCCAAGGAAAGCUCAGAUUGAACCUUCGCUCUUUGAGUGUGAUUGAGAUUUUAGAAUACAGGCGUUAGUGUUGAACAAUGAGUUAUUUCACUCAAAAAAGUCUUACAAAUCCUUCAAAGUAUAGAAUUUGCCAAUGCAACAUUCCUAUAAUGUAAUCACAGAAACUUUGAUAUUGUAUACCAUCCUUAAUAAAGCACUCUGAUUCCUGGUGAUCUGAUGUUCGACGACUUGCGUAUUGCCCUAUAUUCUUUCACGAGGGUGGGUUGCAAUAAGCAUGGGGUCAACCAAGGCUUUUUAUCUUCGCCAGGUGUCAAAUUAAUCUUGUGUUUUUCAGGUAAUUGGAAGCAGUCAGAUGAACCAGCUGCGUUAAUGGUUCUACGAAACAUGGAGAAAGUAAUGAAAGGACAUCAUCUGGUUCCUGAACAUGUCGAAACGAGAUCUCUGUAUUGUCCUGAUAAACCCGGAGUGGAACAGGUUUGAAAAAUAAAAACAUUUCAUCUUGUAUAUACAUCUAAUUAUGUGUACGUUCAGUAACCAGUUAAACAUUUAAAUUUAUCCAGUCAGGACAUAUUUCAUAGAUACUGAAAAUACGCCGGUUGCACGCUCAUGUUGGUUGAAAUCAAGGCUGUAGUACUAUUUAAGCGCCAUGGUCGAAAUAAUUUGAAACCUGUGUAAACUGUAUAUGUCUGUAUAUGUACUGUACUGUCUUGCUAUGCAAUUUGAUGAGUUUUUCGAAAGACAAGCGUAAUUUUAAUGUUCUAUCUUUUAAAUUAACUUCCAAUAAGCUUUAACGAACUGUAUGUUACUUUCUUGUCUAGGGUCAAGUUGAAAUGUGGGUAGAUAUGUUUCCAAGAGACAUGCAAUCUCCUGGUGCACCCGUCGAUAUCACGCCAAGAAAACCCACCAGGUACAUGCAGGCGUUGUAAUGAUAAAUAAAUGUAUCUUGUAUCAUCCGAUCAAUCAUCUGGUAAUCAAAUUUAGCACCAUUCACACUCUUCAAAAAGUGAUUCCUUUUUAC